CAAUAGAUUUAGUUUCCUCGCGAUUUCAAACAAAACGCAAUUGCCGCUCCAAGUUUCAAGAAACAAUGUGUGACAUCAGUAAUGCGCGAAAAAGCUUUGUGUGGGUUAUUUGGGUAGUUCUAGUAGCGCAAAGCCGGGCUUCGCCUCAACUGGACUUGCCCCAAUAUGAGCCAAACUCAGCAAACUACCCUCAAAAUCCCAGUUUUAUUCCGAAUCCGAAUUAUUCCCCAUAUAACGGGGUGUAUGCCACGCAAGGGACGAUUCCUCAACAAACACCUGAAGCUGAUCGCGGGUAUAAAGACAUUGGCAAGGCUUAUAGAGGCGAUGUCCGGAGCUUGCUUCAAGCUUUAGAGCUUCAAGCAUCGCAGCAAUGCACUAAUAAUGUAGCUGCCCAAUGGAAUUUUGAGACGAAUGUGAAUCAAGCCACACAACUGGAGGCUUUGCAGGCACAACAAACCUACUCAGAGUUUCAACAUGCGGUUUGGGAGUUGCUCAAUCAUGCAGGCAAUCUCGACAAUAUUCCGGAUUCCAGGACUUUUAGGCAGAUCCGAUAUUAUUCGGUGAUUGGUCCAGCGGCUUUAACUCCUGACCAAUUGGAUCGGUACAACCGGCUCAUCAAUGACAUGCUGGCUAUCUACAACACAGCGUCGGUAUGCAGCUUUAAUGAUCACUUCCAUUGCGGGCUCAAGUUGCAACCCGAUUUGAACAAAAUUAUGGCAAAAAGCCGGAAUUGGGACGAGCUGCAACAUGUUUGGACCGAGUGGAGGCGACAGACUGGACAGAAGAUGAAAGAUCUUUAUGAGCAGAUGGUGCGUUUGUCGAAUGAGGCUGCUAAUUUGAAUAAUUUUACCACCACUGCAGACUAUUGGUCAUUUCCCUUCGAGUCUCCGGCUUUAGAGUUGGAUCUGGAGGACGCUUGGACGGAAAUUAAACCUCUAUAUGAGUUAUUGCACGCCUAUGUGCGGAGGAGAUUGAGGGAAUACUAUGGACCGGAGCGCAUUAGCAGACAAGCGCCCUUACCGAGCCAUAUUUUAGGAAACAUGUGGGGCCAGAGUUGGAGUAACAUAUUCGAUAUAACCCAGCCCUAUCCAGGUCAGAAUUUCCUAGACGUUUCCCCUGAAAUGCUCAAACAAGGUUACACUCCAAUCGACGUUUUCCGGCUGGCUGAGGACUUCUUCGUGUCGCUUAACUUGAGCGCCAUGCCUUUGGAUUUUUGGCAGGGCUCCAUCUUCGAAGAACCGCGCGAUCGGGUGGUUCUUUGCACUCCUUCAGCUUGGGACUUUUGCAAUAGGAGGGAUUUUCGUAUUAAAAUGUGCGCCAAUGUGAACAUGAAAGACUUGAUUACUGCCCACCACGAAAUGGCUCAUAUUCACUACUUCAUGGCCUACAAGAACCAGCCCAAGGUGUUUAGGGACGGCGCGAAUCCAGCUUUCCAUGAAGCCAUUGGAGAAGCGAUAGGAUUGUCUGUGGGCACACCCAAACACCUUCAAGCUCUUGGUUUGGUCCCGGUAUCGGUGGAAGAUACAGCAGUUGAUAUCAACUACCUCUAUCAGAUGGCUUUGGAUAAAAUCGCUUUUCUUCCCUUCGCGUUUGUGAUGGAUAAGUGGCGCUACGAUGUGUUCAACAGCAAAGUGGGAAAAGAGGAGUACAACUGCCACUGGCACAUUUUGAGGGAGCAAUACCAGGGAAUUAAGCCACCGGUUUUGAGGUCGGAGAUCAACUUCGAUCCGGGAUCCAAGUACCACAUUCCAGCAAAUAUUCCAUAUCUCAGGUACUUCGUCAGCACUCUUCUUCAAUUCCAAAUCUACCGAGCGCUAUGCCAAGCAGCUGGCCAAUAUGUGCCAGGCGAUUACACCAAACCUCUUCAUAAGUGCGACAUUUACCGAAGCAAAGAGGCUGGAAACAUACUGAGACAAUUAAUGGAGAAAGGAUCGUCCCAAUCUUGGCGGGACGUGCUAUUUCAGGCCACUGGCGACAGCCGAUUAGAUGGGAGCGCGCUCAGAGAAUACUUCCGACCGCUUGAGGAUUGGCUCAGAAAUGAGAACCUCAGAACCGGGGAAUUUGUGGGAUGGCUCUACGAUGGAGACUAUUGCAAGCAGAGCAUUGAAACGGCUGGUCUGCAGGUUUAUGGGGGAUUUUACAACGCGUGCAGUCAACAUUUCGCGAGCAUUUUUAUUUUGUUUGUCUGCCUUCUUGUAUCGAGAAUAACUAGAUGAAGACGUGGUAUAAUUUUUUUUUCUUUUUUUUUAGUUUCUGUUGAAUAUCUUAUUUUCUUACAAGUUUGUUUACUUUAAUUAGAUAGUUUGUACAUUGUGUGGAAGACAUAUUAGGCAAUUAUUAUGUUAUGUAUUUGUAAAUAUAGUGCGUAUUUUGAUUGUUCUUGUUUAUUUUUUUAUAGCCUGUAGACACUCAUUUUUCGCACAUAUUUCCAAAUAAUUGCUGUCUUUGGGAAAUAAUCAUAACACAAUUGAAUAACGUAAUUAUUUCGACCGGUCCAAAAUGUGAUUGGAUUGACUAUACUUUAUGUACAUACGUGUAAAAAAAAAGGAGAUAGUUUUUCCUAUCCCUUUCCAUUUUGUAUAGAGAAAAUGCUAAGUGGAUCAAAUUUAUGAAAUUUAUACAGCAUACAGAAAAUUAAGUUCAAACGCGAAACUUGAAACAAAAAGCAAAUAAAUAUGUUUUCAGAUAAAACCAGACCAUGAAUCUGAUCUGAUAUCCGAAGGAUCGCUUAGUUUUCGAUUGAAACUUUGGCUAUUAACUUUGUAAACCCAAAACUUCUCACUUCUCUCUACUGAAAGGUAAACAUUAUCUUUGCCACUUUUGUAUGAAUUUUUAGUAGAGGUCAAAUUAUUAACAAAGUUAAUGGCAUUAACUCAGAGAGCAGAAACACCUCAAAAGCGCACCUCAACACAGUGUUAUUCAGGCCGCCUAGCUGGAAUAGCGUGUCAAGUUGUUGACCUCUUUAAUAUUCAUUAUACAGGGUGGCCAGGUAGUCAAGAAAGUAAAAUUGUUACUUCGCGCUUUCUGUAGUCUGAAAAUCACUGCCAAUGACUGUUUAGAGCUAGGUAGAGUAAGUGGCUUCUACUAGAUGGGAGAUUCUGGAUAAUUAUCACUAUUCUCAAUGUUUCAUGAGAUUUCAAGUGACUACUUUGCUUGAGAAUGUGGCCUUAUUGUUACUAGAUUGCGCCAAUUGAAUAUCACCACUUAAUUAAUGAUAAUUACUAUGAAGUUUUUUGUAUUCACUAGUUAUAGAUCGGCAUUCACAUAAUGUGAAAUUAGUUUUAAGUUUGUUUAUGUGUAGUAAUAACCAAUGGCAUUCUUCUUUCCCAUCAAAUUCCAUCUUCCAUUACUGUUGGUUGAUAGCGUGCUGUUUUCUUAGGUAGCUAAACCCAAUUGCAAUAAGGUCUGUGUGUUCUGCAUAUAAAGUUGAUCAAUAAAGAACCAUUUAUUGCAUC